AUGUACGAGCUCUGCAAGGACGCGCUGCGCGACGUCACCUACCCGUCCAACGGCGUGGACCUGUACGCGCUCGUGGGCGCCAAGCGCGCGCUCGCGUCCUACGACGACACGGCGCGCGCCGCGGGCACGCUGCGCGGCAACGCCUCCCUGCCCGGCGACGAGAGGGACGCCUACGCGUCCUGCGAGGAGGCCUACCGCGCGGCCACGGACACCAUGGACCGCGUCGCCGCCGCGCUGGUCGGGUGCCGGUUCCUGGACGACGGGGACGACCUCGGGCAGGUGUACAGGGACGGCGUCGCGCAGGUGGACGGGUUCAGGGACCGCGUCAUGAAGCUGCCGGCGUCGCCGCUCUACGGCCGGAGCCUGGUCGACCGGAACUUGGCCGUGCUCGCCUACUUCCUCGGCAAAUUGCUGGGCGUUCAGUAA